GAUUCGCUGUACCACAAAAAUGUUGAGUAAUCCCGUCUUUAAAUUAAUUUAUCUGUGCUUGUAUGCAAUUCCAACAUGUUCUAAAACUACUUUAUUUGGGAUGCGGAUAAAAUGUCGUGACUAUACUGAAACAACUGCAGGCACUGUAUACUUUAACUAUAAAGGCUUAAGUUAUAAAACAUCUAAAGACUUAAUGUGCCUAAAAAAUAACCAAAUAUUUAUACGUUUGUGCAACACUAAUACUGGGAAUUCGAUCCCAGACAUAGUAGAGUGCAACAUGAAAAAAAAUAAAAAUUCAUACUGCGCAGAUGAACUCUUUGAAAUUCGAAGGCCUAACCACGAUACAAUUUGCAUAAAAAUUGCAACUGCACUUCAAGCAUACGAUGAACAAUUUUGCUAUGGCUCAAAUGUUAUUAUACCAACAGACUUAACAAACUCAGAAAACUCCAAAGUAACUCAGUUUUUGAUAAAGAAAAAUAUAAGUGAUUAUUGGUUUCCAGUAAGGAGAUACAAUGCGUUUAUUCCAUUUGAAGUGCGUUUGGCGGGAAAAUCAUGGAGAAAAGUAGUAAAUAGAAAUCUUAUUCAGCUAACAAACAAAUCUGAUGAACACUGUUUAAGGCAUAGUCUAAAUAAACGGAGUACAAAUAACUCUAGAAAUGUUAUAGUCACUGAAAACUGCAAAACAUUUUUGAAUACAGUUUGCAUUUUUAUAUCACAGUUAAUAUCAAUUGCUGGAUGGCCAAACGGUUUUGGAGCUUUAAUCUUUCGUCCGCACGAAUCUUAUGGUAUUGAUUGGAGGAAAAAAACAAAAAUGCACGUCUAUGCCAAAGAGUACCUAAAAAAACGAAAUUGGCUCAGAACAAUAUUUACUAAUAUUGAUUACUUUUCCGAUCAUUUUGGAAAUAAGUAUAAUGUGUUAAUGAACACAUUUAAAAUGGUAAAGGUUAUAAACUUAAAAUGGAAUCCUGCUCUGAGCAAACGUAUUACUAAGUCAAAAAAUCCAGUUAAAAUGGUUUUGAAAAUGGAUGGAAAAUCUAAUACAUUAAUAAUUGUGGUGUAUAAUCGGAAUUAUUUGUGGGUACAUAAAGAACCGGAUGUUGGCGUUAAAUGUUUUACAUAUGCAAAGUAUGGCUUUUUAAAAAAUGCAAAUGUUGAUCUUAUUUGGGAGAACAAAGAAAAAACUUAUUCAAUUAUAGUUGAUUUGGUUUCAAGCUUUCGAAGCGAGUAUUGGCGUGAGGUUCACACCAUUUUAGAUUUUCAGCUAGUAUCAACCCGACGAUUAACAGUUGUUAAAUACAAACAAAGUAAUGGAUUUUUUGUUCACUGGAAUGUGUCUUGUAUUCAUAAAAAUAAUUUGUGUUACACUUUAAGAAUGGACUUCAAAGUCAUUAUUAAAAAACUAAGACGCCUUAUAAGCAGUAGAAAAAAACAAAGAAUAUUUAAUGAAUUUGAAGUACGCGAUGUUCGAAUUAUGAAUAUAGAAUACACCGUAAAUUUAUUACUUUUUUAUUUGAUUCACAUAACUGCAUCACUAAAAAUAUCAUCAGCUUAUAAUAGUGUUGAGGUAAUAAGCCACAACGACGAGUCUGGAAAAAUUAACACAUUUGCUCUUAAGCGAAUUAAGGUAAAACUAAACCAAUUAUUAAAAGAUUUCAGUAAAAACUCGAAAUUUCUCAUACGUAGUAGAGAUUACUGCUUUCCACAGCGAUAUCUUUCAACAAAUGGAGUGCAAAUCCAUUUAAACAUAGCGCAUACGGGAGAGCUUGGGAGUACAAAUAUAUUAUGUAUUAAAAAAAAUGGUAUGCCUCAUACUCGAUUAUGCCAGGGAGACUUUUUACAUGGAGAUCAUUGGACGGAUCUAAAAAAACCAGUCCUUUGCGAAAUUGCACAAAGUACUACACUAAUUUUGCAUAAGUUAAUGAAAACAAAUAUGCUCAAAUCGUCGCCGGUAAAAGUUUUAAGAACAGUUAAACAAAUUAUAAAAGAGAAAAAAAAAAAUUUACUUCCUCCGGAUAUACUUCUUAUUUCUAACAUCAUACAAGACACUGUUAAGAGCUUUUCAUCAAAUGUUUCGCUCGAAAGGACAAAUAGAGGCUCUAUUACAUGGAGAAAUAUUUUUUCGGAACUUAUGAACAUUUACAAUUUACUAGCUAGUAUUGACUUAAGAGUUAUAAAAAUGUCAGCUGAACUAAACGCAACAAACAAGUUAAUAGAGUCAGUUGAGCAUGCAUUUGACACUUUCUCAACAAUUUCAUUCUUUAAUAAAAUCGAUUUUGUUGAAGAUAAGCUUGCGUCAGAAUCAGACAAUGAAUUUAUAGACUAUGAGGAUAUUGGAGUUUCAGUACAAGUUUCAGAAUUUAUUUUAUAUUUCUCAAUUAGCCCGAAAAUAGCUAACGUGUCUGGAAUAGCAUUGUUUAAAAAUAAUAAGACAGAAGAAAUACGCCAAAAAUUAAAGGGAUUAUUUAUAAACGAACAUUACCGUUUUCUUCAAUCAAAUCAUGAAAUUAGUGACUUUGUCAUAAACCCGAACUUCCAACUUGGUGUGUAUUUACCGUUAGAACUUUUAGAUAGCCUAAAAGCAUUUUCUGAUUUGCUUGCUUCAUCUACCAGUAGAAACGACCCUACUAUUGUUAUUAAGGUAUACUCAAAUGAUAAGCUUUUCCAACAGUCUACAAAAACUAAAACAAUAUUAAGUCGUAUAGUGUCAGUAUCAUUGCCUGGAUACAGUUCAGUUCUCCCGGUACCAUUUCCACUUAUCCUUCGAAAAACAACAAGCUACGACGUCAAUAAGUCAGGGUCUUGUCAAUAUUGGAACUAUGGCGAAUGGUCUAGCGAUGGAGUACUGACGCCGAACCAUUCCGAUACAAUGGAAGGUAUCGCCCUUUGUCUUUUAAGCCAUUUGACACCAUUUGCAUAUAUUGUAGAGCAUAAUAUUUCUAAUAAUAAGGAUUCAGAUAUAAAUGAAGAACAAUUUCAUGAAGAUGGUACAGACAUUAUAAUAAUAGCUUGCUGCCUAAUAUCGCUUAUGGUAUACAGUAGUUUUUUAAUAUCUCUAAAGCAUUUGUUUAUUUUUGAAAAUAGAUUAAAUUAAAUUAAG